AUGGCGUCGGUCGACGUACUGACCCCUUCCCCCGAGGGAGGCGGUGCCAUCGACGUUACACGCCUUUCCACUUUUCUCCUAGUAGGAGAGGACGUCAUUUCUUCUCUUGCUGGAAUCACCGAGGACUACAUAACUUCGGUUCUCCGGGCUAUCGAUGAUAGGGCUAGGGAGUAUGAGGAUUUGCGGGCGGACAAACUCCGGAUCGAAGUUGAACUAGAGCAAUCCGUUCGUACCACCGAUAAUAAAGUCAAGGGGAUGAAAAAGCAGUUGGACGCAAGUCUUGUCGAGACACAAGAGCUUAAAUCGAAGCUCGAGAACUCGGAAACCGCUCGAAAAGCCGUCGAAACUGAGCUUGAGAAUUACAAAUCAUCGAGGGCCAUUGUCGACGAGGAGGUCCAUACAUUGAGGACUCGGGUUCAGUCGUUGGAGUCCGAUAAGCGGGACACUUUAGAUGCCCUUGACCGCAAGGCUAAUGAUUACGAUCGCCUGCAAGAUGAGUAUGCAGCGUUACAGUCCAAAUCGAUUGAGACACGCCGGGAGAUUAGCUCUCUCGAAACUCAACUCCGGCAGGCGCAAUCAACGCAAACGUCUUCCAGGUUUAAGGAGCAAAACCUAGUCCAAGAGGUUGAAUUGCUUAAGAAAAACAACGCAUGGCUGGAGAACGAAUUGAAUACUAAGGUUGCGGAAUUCCAGAAAUUCAGGAAGGAAAAGGCUGCUCAAAACUCCGCUUUGCAACGUGAACUUGAUGAAGCAUUGAGUUCGGUGGAUAUUACACAGCGCAACUCGGAUAAUUUGAAGCAACGUUUUGACGAAAUAUCUAAGAAGGCUGACGAUGCCCUGGCUAAAGUACAAGACCUCCAGAAUAAGGCAGUGCUCCAGGAGGAAAACUUCAGAAAUGAAAUGCAUUCACAACAGCGAUUGGCAGAACUAUUCGAGCAGUCUACUAAGAGCGCAAGGGCAAGAGUAGCCGACUUGGAGCGAUUGUUAGAACAAGAACACGAGCGUGAAAGCGUGGAAAUUGGCCGGGCCCGUGCAGCAGCCGAAACAGAGCAGGCAGAGAAGGAUGCUGCUAUAACUCGUGUUUCACAGCUAGAGGUGCAAGUGGAGAGAUUGGAGGCUGACCUUUCUGCGUAUGCCACUGGCCUAUUUAAUGCUGGCUCUCGGGGAAGUAUUAACGGAAAUUCCACACCAAAUCGCCGCCCAGGAUCAGCAGCUGGAACGCCCGGUGGGUUGAAUCUGGCCUCUCCCGCUGCAAUGAGGCUCCAAAAGUCUGGCAUUUCUGUAACCCAGUUAUACUCUGACUAUAUGGCUAUGAAAGCUAGUUAUGAAGCUGAGAAGCGAAGGAAUACCAAGUUAGAGGAAGCUAUCGAGGAGGUGAUGCAGGACUUGGAACAGAAAGCCCCUGAAAUUCAGGAACUUCGUGAAGAGGAUGCAAGAUUGCAGAAGGACCUGAUUGAAAUGAGCGAAUUACUUGAUAAGGCCCACAAAGAAAGCGAACGGAUCGAAAAGGACUCGAGAACCGUUUCCCUGAAAUUUAAGGAUACUGAACGGGAGGUUGUUGUCCUUAGAAAGCAGCUCCGCGACCUAAGCAUCCAAGUUCAAGUUCUCCUGGUCGAGAUAGAGCACCGCGACUCUGGAGCUGAUCCCCUCUCUGCGGCCCAAAACGAGGUCUACGAACAAAUAAUCACCGGAGCCGAGCGUGAUGUGGCCGAAGCAGAUACAGACAGGAUAAUUUCGCAAAAAUUGACCAUAUUCCGCGGUGUCAGAGAGCUCCAGGACAAAAACGAGCAGUUGCUUAAAGCUAUUCGGGAGCUGAGCAUGAAGAUGGAACAGAAGGAACAAGAUAGGAAGAGUGAACAGCUAGGGAAGGAAGGCACAGAGAUUGCGCAGCUAAGAGGUGUUGUGGCAAAGCUUAGAGAUGAGCUCACGGCUUUGGGCGCGAAGGCGCAGUCGUUUGUUCGUGAACGCGAUAUGUUCCGUCGCAUGCUUCAGAACAAGGGUGAUCUCCUCGCAAAUAGCAACAUUAAUGAUCAAGAUAUGUCCGCCCCCGAAGCCGGAGCAACUUCCAACCAAGGUCCAGAAAAUCUUGCGGAGCUCCUUCGGGAACUUCAGGCACAAUACGACCAAUUUAAGACAGAGGCGUUGGAAAACCACACGACUCUAAAUGACCAAACCAGGCGACUAGCCCAGGAAAAGACAGAAUUAGAGGUGAAGGCUCGAACAGUGGCUUCUCAACUUGAGUUGGCUAAUGACCGAUAUGAAAUGCUCAAUGGAAACUUCAAUGUUCUCAGAAUGGAGAAUACAGAGCUUCAGAAACGCAUUGCUUCCUUACAAGAGGCCCAGGCUAAAGAGGAUGCGAUGAACCGAAAGCUUACGGAAGACCUUGCGGAUUCUCAGUCUGUACUUGAGGGGAUGCGUAACGAAACUGCCAAUCUUAAGGCGGAGAAGAAUCUUUGGAGGAAUAUCGAACAACGCCUUGCCCAGGAUAAUGAAGCCCUUAGUCAAGAGCGAACCCGACUGAACGAACUUAUCGCUGAUCUUCAAUCUAUGCAAGCUCAACGGGAACGAGAAGAGUCAGAGACGAAAAGGCGCCUCAACAGCCAGAACGAGAAACUCGAAACUGAAAUUCAACAAAUAAAACGCAGGCUAAAUGAGGAAAUCGAGGCAGCAAAAAAAUUCGCCGUUCGGAAGGAGAUCGAUGCUCGAGAUGCCCAGAAAAAGAUUGAUGAUCUGAACAGCACACUCGCUUCUACAAGGGAAUCUCUUGUCGCUUCCCAGACAAAUGAGACCCACCUUCAAUCCAGGGUGGAAGAGUUAACGAGUCAGUUGAAGUCCAUGGAGGAGAAAUUAGCCAUCCAGUCAUCUCAGCCUCAAGUCGCCUCUAGGCUAGAAGGAGAAGAUGAUGAUGAAGACUCGGAAUAUCGACUACGGGUGCUGCAAGAUGAGUGCGAUAAACUACAAGGUCAAUUGAACGAUGCCACCAACGAAAUCAACAACCUCAAGACACAGGUUGAACAAUACAAAUUGAUUGCUCUGGGCGGCGAGGAGGAACUCGCGAGCAUUAAUGAUACUUACGAUGCAUACAAAGAGAGUAUGGAGCAACAAGCAAGUGAGCAAGAGGACAAGAUUCAUGACCUUAAGCAGAGACUUGAGGAUACCAAUAAUGAAUUGGCAUCUGUUAAUCAAGAGUUAUCUGACCUCCGGCAAGCGGAGCUCGAGAAGCGACAGCAGUUCGAAGAUGAGCGGAACCUUCUACAAUCUCAGAUCAGUGGUUUGAAAGAAGAUGCCGAGAAAAAUAUCGCGGCCGUCUCUUGCUAUCAAGAAGACUUAAGAAGCCAAGCCCGCAUCGCCCAAGACGCCCAGCAGAAUUAUGAGCGCGAGCUCGUCAAGCACGCCGGGGCUGCUCAGGCACUGCAACAAGUUCGCGAGGAGCACUCCAAUCUUAAAGCCGAGGUCUAUCAGAUUAAGUCUGAGGCAGAAACAGCGAAGGCCAACCUUGCAGCAUCCGAGUCUAGCUGGGAAUCUCAGAAGGAAAUGUACGUCAAAGAGCUCGAGGAGACCAAAAAGCACUCCGAGGGCCUUUCCAAGCAAUACAAGAUUUUGCUCGACCAAUUUGAGAACGUCAACACCCAAAUAUCGGAAAUCAAGAAAUCUCGUGCCGCUUCAGAUGAUUACAAUGAGUUCAGAGAACAACCUACAACAGACAGGGGUCUUGAGGAUCUCCGAGAGGUCCUCAGAUAUCUUCGUAACGAAAAGGAGAUUGUGGAUGUCCAAUACGACUUGUGUUUACAGGAAAACAGGCGGCUCAAACAACAACUUGAUUAUACUAAGACUGCCUUGGAUGAGAAUAAGUUGCUGCUUGCGCAGGAGAGAGAGCGUGAAUCUGCUCAACUUCGUGGGGCCAUGCAACAUAAGGAUUUAAUGGAAAGAAUCUCAGAAUUGAACAUCCUACGGGAGAGCAACAGCGCUCUGCGAAGUGACUGUGAGAAGAGGGCCAAAAAGGUUAAUGAACUAACUGGAAAGGUUGACGAACUUGUGGCGAAGAUUCGGCCUCUAGAAGAUCAAGUGAGUUCUCUCGAAGCGGAGAGAGAAGCCAAAGAAGAGCAAGUCAAGUUAUUACAGGAGAAUAGUGAGCACUGGAAAGCCAGAGCUCAGCAAAUUCUACAGAAAUAUGACGUAAGUUUCGUUGACUCUGGGACUUCGGACUUGUUUAACGUGGUACAGCGUGUCGAUCCCGCCGAGCUUGAAGCCCUCAAGGAACAGGCGAGGACCCUUGAGGAGAAAUGCAGCACUCUCGAGGCUGAGCGCGAUACUUUACAAAAACAGCUCGCUGAAUUUGAAGAGCUGAAGCAAAAAGAGCUUACAGAGGCGGCGGAGGUCUGGCGGUCAAAACUUGCGACCAUCGUCCAAACAACAAAGGUAAAGCUUCGUGAGGCCAAUGAAAAAUUGACAGCAGAGAAAAAGAACGCCGCGGACGCCCAAGAGCAAUUAGGGACCCUUCAGACGGAGCUCAAUGCGGCCCGACAGUCCAGCAGUGAGGAAGUUAAGCAUUUGCAGGAGGAAAAGAACAAGCUGGAGUCUGAAUUCCAAGCCAUGCAGACCAAAGCUGCCGAGGCUGAAGAGAACUUCAAAGUCUAUAAGGGUAGAGCAUCAACAUUGAUGCGCGAUAUAAACACGUUACAGAAACAAUACGAAGAGGCCCAACAGGAAAUCGAUGCGCUAAAGGCCCUAGGACAACCUGCUCCUGUUGCCCCAAUGGCCCCUGUUAUCGACGAGGCAACCAUUGAAGCAGAGGUUACUCGAAGAAUUGCUACGCUUCCACCGGUCAACAACCCUGCAUCAAUUAAGGCAGAGGUAACCCGAAGGCUUGCCGAGAUACAAGCCAAUCAACCUCCCCAACUGAGUACGGAGUUGAUUGAUCACACAGCCGCCAUCGAAGCUGAGGUUGCCCGACGAAUCGCCGAUUUCCAAGCAAACCAGACCUUACAGAGCACUGAUCCCCCACAACCUGUGGAUAACUCUGCUGCUAUCGAAGCUGAAGUAACCAAGAGAAUGGCUCAGGCCCAGCAUAUUGCAGACUCUGCUGCUGUUGAAGCAGAGGUUUCUCGCAGGCUUGCUGAGGGCCAGGUGUCACAUGGUUCUGAGCCAGGUGAAGUAGGGCCUUCCGCUGCUGAUGUUGAAAAGAUUGUUGAGGAUCGUGUAAAGAAGGAAAAGGAAAAGCUAGAGCAACGAAUUACUGAGGCUCGCAAGGGCUUCCAGGAGUACAAGGCAAAGGCUGUUGCCAAAGCUCUUAGUGAUGCAGGAGUUGAUUUCGACAAGAAAAUGGCGGCAAAGGACGAGGAACACAAGAAACAGGUUCAGGCCUUGGAAGCAGCAAUUGCGCAACUAAAGAGUGAGAUUGAAGAGCUCAAAAAGCAACUCGAAGAGGUCAAAGUAGCUCAGCCUACAGUUUCUCAAGUCGGUGUUGAACAGCAUCAGAAAGCCCUUGACGCCAAAGAUCUAGAACACCAGAAAGAGAUCCAAAAGAUUAAGGAGGAGGAGGAAUCAAAGCUUGAGCAGGCCAAAGUAGAUAUCCGGCAUGAGGUGCAGGCAGAAUUUCUUGUCAUUAAGGGUGGUGAAACUGAUACUACUGACCCGUCGGCCAAGAAGCCUCCAACUCAAGAGGAAUUGAAGGCCGUCAUCAAGAGGAAUGUUGAGCACCGUCUUGGGAAGGAGAAGGAGAAAUGGCAGCGGGAAAUUGAUAACGAGCAGGAAAAAGCUAUUGAAUCCAAAUUGCAGGGUGUCCUCGCGGAAAAGCUUAAGGCAAUGGAGGCUGAACUCCAGGCUCAACAGGCAAUAUUAUUGGAAAAAAGCAAAGAUGCACUAAGGCAAGAGGGGGCGGCCAGAAUUAAGGUUCAGUUAAGCAUGAUGGAAAAGCGGAAUAAGACUCUGGAAGAGAAGAUCAAGGCCUAUGAAUCCCUUGGAGGAAGUCCACCCCAGCAGGCGGCUCCCCCAGCCGCUGGUAUCAAGCUCCCAGCAGCAGCAAUCAACCCAGCCCCACAGCAAGGCGAAACUAGUCAAAUCCCUGUUCCACGGGGGCAGGGCCCCCCACGCAGAGCAGACGGACAAGGAACUGGUCCAGCAGCACUGCGAAGUCUCCGCGGCGCCCUUGAGUCCAGCAUACCGCGUGGAGGUGGACGCGGUGGUGGUCAAGGCGGAAGAGGAGUGGGCGGCCAACCUCAACAACAGCAGCAGCAACUGCAACCUGGUAUGCAGCAAUCGCCCGGCACUUCUCAACCAUAUCCCCAGCCAGCAUUCCAAACGCCUCAAAUGGGCCAAAUAGGUCAGAUGGGUCAGAUGUCUCCGAAUCAGCAGCAACAGCAGCAGCAGCAAGGGCUACCACAACCCGUCUUCGGCCAUCGCCCAAGUCUACCGGGCCAGGGACAACAACCCCAACCUCAACCUCAAUUACCUAGGCCCGGAACCUUCAGCAGCGCAAGGGGAUCUGGAGGUCCCUUCAACCCUGGCCAAGGUCGCGGUCGUGGAGCCGCACCGCAACUACAAAACAUCCAGACCGGACACCCUCAACAAAACACUACCCCAUCCCAGCAGAGCCCAGGUCGUGGCAUGAAUCCCGUCGCGCGCCAAUUCGUACCGACAAAACGCCUGCGGGAAGACGGUACAGAAGCAGAGGAUCAGAACUCAAACAUAGGAAAACGCAUAAGAGGUGGCCAUACCGGUUAGGUUUUUUUUUUUCCAUUUUGUUUCUUAUAACUACUCCAUUGGGUUCUUUGGUUUCAAAGACUUCUUUGAGCUCUAUUCUUUUGUUCCUCCCUCCCCUUCCAACUUUUCAUUUUCUACUCUUAUCGUGCUCCGUAUUGUAUAGUUAGUUGAGCUAAGGAAAUCUCCAUUUUUUCUUACUUUUUUCCUUAAGCCUCUCAUUUCAUUCCUUUUCCUUUUACUCUACUGUGUCAUGCGUUUGUGGGUUAGGUCGGCCGGGUCAUCAUUAGUACGGAUAAGUGUAGUUUAUAUCAAAAUCGCUUUCAUCUCCCCCUUAUUUUCCAUCUUCCUCAUACAGUAUUCAUUCUAUUAA